CAAGCAGAGAGCAAAGCGAAAGGGUGAAAUAAAAAUAAAAAAAAGGAAAAAAAAUACCAAUAAAUCGCGGAUUUCCCAACGCCGCCGCUCCUCUCGCGGAUUCCCCAACCCUAAACCGCCGGCGGUUUCUGCGGCGGCGGCGGCGGCGGCGCGUCGAGUCGGCGGAGUCUCCGGAUCGGAUCGGGUUCGUCGCUGAUCGAGGAGAGAUCGCGUCGCCGUCGUCUCGGGGGAGAGGAGCAGGAUGGACGGGGAGAUGUUCGGGAGUGGCCACUGGGGUGGUUCCUUCCCCUACGCCUCCAUUCCCAAGGAGAGCCAGUUCGUGUUUGAUGCCAAGGCCUCGCCGCUGCAGCUGCAGCUCUUCGGGAGCGCCGCAGUUCCUGCGGUAGGAAGUACUGGUUAUUAUAACUACAUUGCAAACAACCACCUCUCUGCUAUGAAUCAAGAAAGAAAUACAAACAACGAUGUUGGUCAUGAAAAGCAACUCAAUCUUCAGAUGUCCCUGAACUACUUUCCUGUUGAAAAUCUUGAUCGGUUAGCACGUAUUGGUAAUCCAAGUGCUGUAUCAACUGGGCUAAGACUGUCCUAUGAGAACAAUGAGCACACUUCAAUCACAUCUGGCAGUGGUAACAUGUCAUCAUUGCCUAUCAUGGCAUCCUUUGUUGAUGAAGUGAUGGCUGAAUUAGACAAAGAAAACAAAGAGUUCAACUGUUAUUUCGGACUUCAGGUGGAACAAUUGGUUAAGUGCAUGAAAGAUGUAAAGCAGAGGCAGAUGGUUGAAUUUCUUGCAUCCCUUGAACGAGGAGUAGGAAAGAAGCUGAAGGAGAAAGAACUCGAGGUGGAGGCCAUGAACAGGAAGAGCAAGGAACUGAACGAACAGAUCAGGCAGGUUGCAUUGGAAGUCCAGUCAUGGCAGUCGGUAGCACUGCACAACCAGUCUGUCGCUAACAGCAUGAAAAGCAAGCUCAUGCAGAUGGUAGCCCAUAGCAGCAAUCUCACCAGGGAAGGCUCUGGCGACAGCGAAGUGGACAACACAGCUUCCAGUCAGAAUGUCAAUGCUGUGCCUGGGGUUUUCUUCCAGUCAGGCCUCCUCGGCAUCAACAGCAUGGCUGAUGGUGGGCUGGGAGCAUGCAGGUUGUGCAGAAUGAAGGAGGCAGCGGUGCUGGUGAUGCCGUGUCGACACCUCUGCUUGUGUGCUGAUUGCGAGAAAAAUGCUGACGUGUGCCCUGUCUGCCGCUUCCCCAAGAGUUGCAGCGUUGAGAUCAACAUGUCAUAGCUAGCAACAGCCUUAUAAUCAUCAGCUUAGACAGUGGUACACUGAAGCCGUAUAUACAAAGCUAAAUCUCUCUGCCCCUCCCCCCCUUCCAGUUGUCAUUCUUACAUGGUGUGUAGAUUUGUUGAUUGGGACUAUGGAAGCUAUGGUCCUCCAGAGUCUCUUGAUAACCAUAUAUAUAGUUUUAGAAGCUGUUACAUGUCACAUCCAUAUCAGAAAAAAGGUUAUCAUCCUGCCAACGUUGGAGUGGCAAUUACAAUGAUAACCAUGUUUCCUGGUUGCACUGAGGAAUGAGUAUUUUCUUUUUCCCCUUUA